AUGGUUCCUCAAGUCAACAAGACGAAUCUCCACCCUUCUGGCAUUACGCCAAAGAAGGAGCACACCGAGAUUGAGGAGGAGCUCCACGACAAGGCUCACAUUGACUACGACCGUGUAGCCAUUAUUGCCAACCCGUCAGUCGCUGCACUCUACGAAGAUGCUCUUGUGUACGAGACUGGCUCUGCCAUCACAUCGUCUGGCGCACUCUCCGCCUACUCUGGCGAGAAGACCGGCCGUUCGCCCUCGGACAAGCGCAUCGUCGAGGAAGACUCGUCGAAAGACAACGUCUGGUGGGGCCCCGUCAACAAGCCGAUGAAGCCCGACGUCUGGCGCAUCAACCGUGAGCGUGCCAUUGACUACCUCAACACUCGCAAGCGCAUCUACGUCGUGGACGGUUUCGCAGGAUGGGACGAGCGCUACAGGAUACGCGUCCGCGUUGUUUGCGCCCGCGCCUACCACGCUCUCUUCAUGCGCAACAUGUUGAUCCGCCCAUCGAGGGAGGAGCUUGAGCACUUCCACCCCGACUAUGUCAUCUACAACGGUGGUGCCUUCCCUGCCAACAGGUUCACCAGCGGUAUGACCUCGGCCACAUCCGUUGCCAUCAACUUCGCCGAGAAGGAGAUGGUCAUCCUCGGUACCGAGUAUGCUGGAGAAAUGAAGAAGGGAAUCUUCACUGUCCUCUUCUACGAAAUGCCCGUCAAGCACAACGUCCUCACACUUCACUCGUCUGCCAACGAGGGCAAGAACGGCGAUGUUACCGUCUUCUUCGGUCUGUCCGGUACUGGCAAGACCACCCUGUCUGCUGACCCCAAGCGUGCACUCAUCGGUGACGACGAGCACUGCUGGUCCGACACUGGUAUCUUCAACAUUGAGGGCGGUUGCUACGCCAAGACCAUUGGUCUCUCCGCCGAGAAGGAGCCCGAUAUUUUCAACGCCAUCAAGUUCGGCUCCAUCCUCGAGAACGUUGUCUUCGACCCCGUCACCCGUAUUGUUGACUACGACGACGACACUCUGACUGAGAACACCCGCUGCGCCUACCCCAUCGAGUACAUCGAGAACACCAAGAUCCCCUGCAAGUCCGACAGCCACCCCAAGAACAUCAUCCUCCUCACCUGCGACGCCCGCGGUGUCCUCCCUCCCAUCUCCAAGCUCAACCCCGAGCAGACCAUGUACCACUUCAUCUCCGGUUACACCUCCAAGAUGGCCGGAACCGAGCAGGGUGUCACCGAGCCCCAGGCCACCUUCUCCUCCUGCUUCGCCCAGCCCUUCCUCGCUCUCCACCCUAUGCGUUACGCCAAGAUGCUCGCCGAGAAGAUCAAAGAGCACGGUGCCAACGCAUGGCUCCUCAACACCGGCUGGGUCGGUGCUGGCGCCACCACAGGAGGAAAGCGCUGCCCGCUCAAGUACACCCGCGCGAUCCUCGACGCCAUCCACUCGGGCGAGCUCGCAAACGUCGAGUACGAGACCUACGAGACCUUCAACCUGUCCGUGCCCAAGACCUGCCCCAACGUCCCUGACGAGCUGCUCAACCCUGCCAAGAGCUGGAACGGCUCGGCCGAUUUCAAGGGCGAGGUCGAGAAGCUGGGCACACUGUUCGUGGAGAACUUCAAGAAGUACGAAGAUGGCUCAAGCAGUGAAGUAAAGGCGGCAGGCCCAGCUGUGGCGUAA